AUGUCCUACUAUACACAAAACAGUUUGUUCCCAGUCCCGAAUAUACCAGUGCAGAAUGGAUAUGCCUCUCAAAUGAAUGAAAAGCAAAAGAUCAGUGUCAAUUUUCUAGACGUCACACCUGCUAGAACUCCUUAUAUAAAACCUUCUUCUCCUAAUGCCGUGGUACCUCUAGAGAACACUCUUAUAAAUCCAAUAAUCAAUAGAGAUAUUAUCUACGAAAAUAUUAAACCUGUCUUCACCAUUUUGCGUGUCAUGGGAGUACUUCCUUUAACCAGAACUUCUCCUGGAAAUAACGAAUUCCAACUUGUUUCUCCGCCAAUGGUUUAUUCGGUUAUCGUUUAUUUCUCAUUGGUUGCAUACAUUAUGUAUUUAUCUCUUAUCAAAGGCCAAAUUAUGCGCACGUCAGAAGGUAAAUUCGAAGAAGCUGUAAUCGAAUAUUUGUUUACAAUAUACCUUUUUCCGAUGUUGGCAGUUCCUAUUCUUUGGUAUGAGACGGGCAAAAUAGCUGGUGUACUGAACGAGUGGGUCAAAUUUGAGACAGCUUAUCGUCAAUUGUCAGGACAAGUUCUAACCAUAAAACUAUACAGACAAGCUUUAGCAAUCAGCAUCAUCAUACCUACUUUAUCAACGACAUCUGUCAUCAUCACACACAUAACUAUGAGGCAUUUUGAGCCUAUGCAGCUAAUACCUUACGUUUUCUUAGAAAUCCUUACCUAUAUCUUGGGAGGGUAUUGGUAUCUAAUAUGUGAAGCGCUGAGUGUGUGUGCCAAUAUAUUAGCCGAAGACUUUCAUCGGUUGAUGGCCACAAUGGUUACAUACCUUGUGGUGCUACUACAAUUCCAAAUCAGCAUUCCUAGCGAGGGUCAAAACUCUGACGAAGAAGAUACUGUCAGCAAUGUGACCGUGGGUUUUACAGAUCCCAUAACUACCACCACUACAGCCAUCACCACGAUAUUGACGACCGUCGCCAAGAAGAGAAGGAAACACUAA